UUGCGCAUGCGCCAGAUGCUCUCAUUGUCCUGUAGCCAGUCGACCCGAGAAAUAAACAAACUCAGCAAACCAACGAGUGCUCGUGCCUGGCACAGAUACGCGCUCCCGUGAGCGGCUUGGGGCUUCGUCAGUCUCCUCCCCCCUCAGCCUUUGCCUAACACGCCCGCGUCGCCUCGAGCUUUUCUACCCAUCACGUCCCGAGCUGUUGUACGGACUGCCGGUGCGAGGCCGCAACCGUUGCCCCCCGCCCGGGGCUUAGGAAAGCGGUGAGGGCCCUUCUCUUUCGUCCUGGCUCCUCCGUCGCUUUCUCCCCCCCCCCUCGGAAAAAGAAGAAUAGGGAAGGGGAAAUACCCUGCUCUUCUCCUUGGGAAGAGCACCUGGAAUAAGAGAUUUGCUUCAGGACACCUCCAACUUUACAAUGGCCUCUGCAGUAAUAAGUUCAGUUCCUACAACUGCUUCUCGAUUUGCUCUCUUACAAGUGGAUAGUGGCAGUGGAUCAGAGUCAGAAUCUGGAAAAGGAAGAGGGGAUCGGAGUGCUGGGAAAUCGCAAGUUUCAGGCAGCAAAUCCAUCUCUAAUGAAAAAAAAAAAGAGAAAAGAAGAAAAAAGAAGGAACAGCAGCAGAGUGAAGCAAAUGAGCUCAGAAACCUUGCUUUCAAAAAAAUUCCUCAGAAGUCUUCCCAUGGAUCCUGCUCAUCUCAACAUGAGCAAACUUCACAGAACUCAGUGCAGAAAGAUUCUCAGGAAGAAAAUUGGCAAGAAUGGAGGCAAAGAGAUGAACAGCUGACUUCUGAAAUGUUUGAAGCAGAUCUUGAAAAGGCUUUACUUCUAAGCAAACUGGAAUAUGAAGAACACAGAAAGGAAUAUGAAAAUGCUGAAAAUGCUUCUCCUUCAAAAGCUGCACACAAGAAAGAGAAGAGAAAAAGUCAGCAGGGAAAAGACAAACCUCUCACUGUGUCAUUAAAAGACUUUCAGUUAGACAGUAACAUAGAUCCUGUUUCCAAAAAGCAGGAGGAAUUGGGAUCUUCUGAUGGAGGAUUCUUCAAUAGACUGGAAGAUGAUGUGCACAAAAUACUUAUUAAAGAGAAAAGAAGAGACCAGGUCACAGACUACAAUGGAAUGGAUAACAGUACAUCUCAUGACCCCACACAGGAUUUUUCCCUGAAGGAUGGAAGAAUAGAAAGACUAAAGCUGGAACUUGAAAAGAAAGAUGUAGAAAUUCAGCAACUAAAGAGUGUCAUCGGCCAGUGGGAGGCAAAGUAUAAAGAAGUAAAAGCACGAAAUGCACAACUUUUGAAAAUGCUACAAGAAGGUGAAAUGAAAGAUAAAGCUGAAAUACUCCUUCAGGUUGAUGAAUCUCAGAGUAUUAAGAAUGAACUGACUUUACAGGUGACUUCUCUUCAUGCUGCAUUGGAACAAGAAAGGUCUAAAGUGAAAACACUGCAAGCUGAAUUAACAAAAUAUCAGGGUGGAAGAAAAGGAAAAAGAAAUUCGGAGUCUGACCAGUGCAGGUGAUUACAAUUGCACCUGCUUCAGAGAAGGGUGAAAAAAGGAAUUGAUCUUCAGGUGUUUUGCAAGUGUAUAUUUUUACCUACUGCUUAACUAUGCAGUUUUUUUGGGGGUGGGUUGAAAGCAAGAUGUUAAUUGACUAACAUGCUGAAUAUAUGUUGCACUUAUAGUGUAAGGAAAAGAACCUGGAAAGAAGUAUUAUAGUUGAGCUCAAACCUUGUUUGUGCUAAUGCUACAUUUAGUUUUUCAUCAGUCAAUAAACUUUUGUCCUUUGUAUG